AUGAGCAAAAUAUCGAAAGAAGCAUUCGAAUAUCUUAAUAAACUCAGACAAAAUCCUUAAAUUGCCAUCCAAAAGUUGUAGGAACAUCUUAAAUUGUUCAAAGGAAAUGUUGUAUAUAAGCCAGGAGAGAUCCCUUUAUAAACCAAUGAAGGGCCAAAAGUUGUCAAUGAAUGCAUCUCCUUCUUACAGAAUCAAAAGCCUGUUGGUCCAUUGACUUGGAGUAAGGGUUUGGAAUGCGCAGCUAGAGAUCAUGUCAAAGAUACAGGACCAAGAGGUGUUACAGGCCAUACCGGUACAGAUGGAUCAUCAAUGAGUGAUAGAAUUGAAAGAUAUGGUGAGUGGGAUGUGACAAUAGGUGAAAAUAUCAGUUAUGGUCAAACAACUGGAGAAGAUGUCAUAAUCUAAUUGAUUAUUGAUGAUGGUGUAUCGUCAAGAGGACAUAGAAAAAAUUGUUUCAAAGCAGAAUUCGGAGCAGUCGGCAUUUUCGAUGGUGAUCAUAAAUAAUUCAAAACUCAAUGUGUUUUUGAUUUUGCAGGCUCUUUCUAAGAUUAAGCUGGCUCAGAUUCUAAUGGAAAUUCAUAAUAAGGUGGAGCUUCAUAAAAUGAGGGAGGUUAAAGUGCCCCAAUGCAAUCCAGAGAAUAAGCACCUCCUGCUAAAGCAUAAUCCAAAGAUCCUGAUGAUAAGAUUGCCAAAGACGCUUUUGGUUAUUUGAAUCAAGUUAGGUAAAAUCCAACUCUCCCCAUACCUAAGUUAUAGGAACUGAUGAAGUUAUUCAAGGGUAGCGUACUUUACAAACCUGGGGAGAUUCCAUUAUAAACUAAUGAGGGCACUAAGGUUAUCCAAGAAUUAAUUGCAUUUUUAUAAAAACAAUAACCUCUUCAACCUUUGACAUAUGACUAGGGAUUGGAGUAAGCUUGUAUUGAUCAUGUUAACGAUACAGGUCCAAAAGGUGUAUGUGGUCACACUGGUACUGAUGGUUCAUCUCUAUCUGACAGAAUUGAAAGGUAUGGAGAAUGGAACGGUAAAAUCGGAGAAAAUAUCAGUUAUGGCCAAAAGAGUGGGGAGGAUGUGAUCAUCUAAUUAUUAAUUGAUGAUGGAGUAGGCACAAGAGGACAUAGAAAAAACUGUUUGAGUCCUGACUUCUUGUUAGUUGGAAUAGCAGCAGGAGACCAUAAAUAAUAUUAGACUUAAUGUGUCUUUGAUUUUGCAGGUGAAUUUACUCCAAAGGGAGCACAAGGUUAAAAGCCCAAAGCACAAUAAUCGCAACCCUAAAAUAUGAAAGAUUAAAUGAAAAACAUGAUGUUAGGAGGCAAAGGUGGUAACGUAGGUCCUCUACUUCCACAAGAUGAAGAAGAAGAAAAGUUGCCCCCAGGAUGCGUUUCAGUUAGUACUUCAACUGCUAUCUCUAUUAAGAAUGGACAAAAAAUAACAAAAAUAACUAAGACCUAUAAAUUUAAGGAUGGAUCAAGCAAAACUUCAGUUUAAACUCUAACCGAAGAUAUAAAAAAAAUAUUAUAAAAUGUAUAAAAACUCACCAAAAUUGGCUACAAACCUGCUUAAUUCAAGCCAUCCUUAUGCUAAUCUUAACUCUUACGUUCCCAUUUGAAGGAUGACCCAAAGGGUUCCAAUUCCAUUAUAUGUUCAUUAUUUUAAGUAGUAGAAGCACACAUUUACAUUACUUUAUGGGUUUAUCAAAAUAACACCAAAUGA